AUGUUCACCGCAAACGAGUCAACGUUAAACUGCCAGCUGAAGAGUUUUCCUCACGUUAGGCUUGGAGACAAUAUUGAUUUCAAUCUUCAAGCUGAAAAUGAAUUGACAGAGAAGGCUGAAUUGCGUGCAACUUGGUGGAAAAAUUUCUCUCAGUUGGUGGGUGCAAAGCACGGAGACUACAUGAGUCAACAUACACCAAACGGCUUUCGCCCAAUUUUGGGACACAACUGCCCGUUGAACAUCCCAUCUUCCAAUCCAUUUUCUGCAAAGUUGACGAUUACACCAAAUGAACAUUCGGAUCAUGUAAUUCCGAUUCAAAAUACGGAUUUAGACCCCUUGACUGAUGCGAUGGCAACACACCAUUCCUGCGCACAUAUCGAGCCUAUCAGUGCUAGUCACCAGUUGCCCACUGAUCCAUUUGCUUUCAGGAGACAUUUUGCAAUGGAACAUUUCACCUCAUCAAUCAAUCCAAACUUUCCUUUCCUAUCCGCGUACUGGCAAAUUCUCAAUCAAACUCGUCGACACAAACUGUUUGAUGAUAGCGCUAACACCGAACCAGAGACAUAUAGUUCUUUAAAACGGGGAUGCAAUGAAUCAGUUAUUAACAACAAUCUACCCUUUCCUCAGAUGACAAUGAACCAAUCUAACGCGGUACAAAAUAUUCUUUCAGGCGACUGGAUUAAAGAUUUACAGCCUCAAUCUACUAGAAUGUCCAUAGAUGCCAGCAGAGUUGCACCGUUCCAUCUUGGUUUGACAAAACCAUGUUUGCCUCGUUCUGUUCCUUCAUCCAACUGCGAGGAUAUUUGCGCUACGUCGAAAAAGCUCCAAAAACCUUCCGAAUCUUUCCACAAGUAUGAACAAGACCGACAAUCACCCUCUUUCAGACCUCCUCAAACACCAUUCAUUACAAAUUUUCUCAACUCCGUCCUGCAGUAUAAGCAAGCAUAUUGUAAUUCAGAACAUUCCAGCCAUACAUUGCUUGAUGUAUCCUCACCAAAACAGGCGCAUCGAAAUACAAAAUGCACCGCAAAUAAGAACAGCAAACCGCUCCACACGUACCUCGUUCAGUUGGGCGGUGGAGAGUACAAACUGAUAGAACACCUCAGUGUGGCUGACUUCGUAACGAGUGCAUUGCAACCAAAUGCGCUUCACGCCAUGUCAGAAUGGACGAAGUUCUCAAAAUGUAUUUCAGAGGAGACGAAAAUUACAGAGCUAAGCUGGGCCAGGCUGACUGAAACCAGUGACGACCAGGACAACAAAAUCAGAAUGCUGUUUACUGUUCCAACCAAACGACAUCGCUUGUCCGUGGGUUGUGGUGUACAACCAACCAGAAAACAAAUCUCCCGAAUGCUGUGGCCAAAUUUCAGUGCGAAAAGUUUCAAGCACGACAGAAGGCUCAGCCUAGAAGCAACUCCGGAACAACCGUUUUAUGUGAAUGAAUUCGGUUGGUCGUCCAAUGAUCCCAAGAUGACCGAACAAAAGUGGGGUCUGGCCUGCAGACAGCUGACCACCAAUGAUAUUUGUCUUGUAAUUAUACAGCAGUCGGGACCCGUGAGUAAGCGUGGCAAGAUGAAGAUUGAAGUGCCGUGUGACUAUUCGACGAAAAAAAUGACAGAUGACCAACACAGCCUGAAGACUGCGCACUGUAACCCACAUUUGGUUGAAAAAGGAGUUUUUGGGACACAUCAUGGAGUGAUGCUCAAACGCAACGGUGAACACAACUUGCUAUGUGCUGAUGGAAGUAUUGAGCGGAACACUAGACCGGAUGAAGUGUUACCGUAUGAAGAUGCUUUCUACUCCAAGAAGAUGCGAUAUCAGCCAAUAUCGCACAAUACUGGAAGAGAAACUGCUGGUGCAUCAAGCAAAUUCAGUGCUGUCAAUCUGGCGCAAUCUUCUUCCGUAUCCUGAAUCUCACAAUAACAAUAAAGUGACGUCAAACCCGAAAUUGGUUGAACCACGCAAACCACCAUUGGGUGGAGGUGAAUUUUUGCCAUACUGACCCUCUGGUUGUCAACUAGGGAGAAUAAAGAAGAAACAGCAAAGAAGUGUUGAUAUCCCACCUAUGCAAACUGUAUUUUUUCGGGGAAAAUGUAG